UUGACCCUUGCAUGAAACAGCACUGUGGGUCACACAAGUAGAUUGAAAUCUGGCAUUUUUACCCCCUGUGACUCCUCCUGCCUGCCUCACCCACCUCCGGCAGUACAAAGAAUAACUCUAAUUACCCUUUACACUCAGGGAUUCAGUGCCCUGCACACCGGAGAGCUCACCUCCUAUCCAGGUCCUGCCAGCCGGAGAAACAUGAAAAUAGCAGUGAUUGGACAGAGUCUGUUUGGCAGAGAAGUUUACAAGGAGCUUCUGAAGGAGGGACACCAGGUGGUUGGCGUGUUCACCAUACCUGAUAAAAAUGGCAAACCAGAUCCCCUGGCUAUAGAAGCAGAGAAGGAUGGAGUUCCUGUGUUUAAGUUCACUCGCUGGAGGGUAAAGGGUCAGGCUAUCCCCGAAGUGGUGGAAACAUACAAGGCAUUGAAUGCAGAGUUGAACGUGCUUCCAUUUUGCUCCCAGUUCAUUCCUAUGGAAGUUAUUGAUUGGCCCAAACAUGGUUCCAUCAUCUAUCAUCCUUCCAUCCUACCACGGCACAGAGGAGCUUCAGCAAUUAACUGGACUCUGAUACAAGGGGACAAGAUUGGGGGCUUCACCAUAUUCUGGGCUGAUGAUGGAUUGGACACUGGGGACAUUCUGCUACAGAGGGAGUGUGAAGUCCUUUCUGACGACACUGUCAACUCUUUGUACAACAGAUUCCUCUUUCCCGAGGGUGUGAAAGGCAUGGUGGAGGCUGUAAAGCUCAUUGCCCAAGGUACCGCUCCAAAAAUCCCUCAGCCCAAGGAAGGAGCCACCUAUGACCCAAUCCAGAAGAAAGAGAAUGCCAAGAUUAAUUGGGAUCAAUCGGCGGAAGAAAUACACAAUUUUAUCAGAGGGAAUGACAAAGUGCCUGGAGCUUGGGCAGAGAUUGAUGGGAUGAACGUGACAUUUUUUGGUUCCACUUUUACAAAUAACGGCUUAGUUCCAGAAGGAGCUCCACUAGAUAUUCCUGGCGCAUCUAAGCCUGCUCUGGUCACUAAAAGUGGGCUCGUACUCUUUGGGAAUGAUGGCAAAACGCUCACAGUGAAAAAUAUCCAGUUUGAAGACGGAAAGAUGAUCCCGGCCUCUCAGUACUUCAAAUCUUCUGACAGUACCACCCUGCAGCUCACAGAUGAGGAACAGGCUCUUUCUAAAGAAUUACGGGCUGUGUGGGCACGGAUCCUUACAAAUGUCUCUGAGGUUGAAGACUCUACUGACUUCUUCAAAGCUGGAGCAGCUUCCAUGGAUGUUGUGAGACUGGUUGAAGAAGUGAAGCUCAAAUGUGAUGGAUUGCAACUACAGAACGAAGAUGUCUACAUGGCUACCAAAUUUGAGGAAUUCAUACAGAUGCUAAUUCGGCGCUUGAGAGGAGAGGACAAAGAAGAAGAGAUCAUUAUAGAUUAUGUGGAGAUGGGACUCAACAAUAUGACGAUCAGAAUGCCCCAUCAGCUGUUCGUCAACGGCAAAUUCAUAGAUGCAGAAGGUGGAAAAACAUAUGAGACCAUUAAUCCUACGGAUGGUACAGCCAUCUGUAAGGUUUCGUUGGCUCAGGUUUCCGAUAUAGACAAAGCCGUUGAAGCAGCCAAGGAAGCCUUUGAAAAUGGAGAAUGGGGAAGAAUGAACCCAAGGGAUCGGGGCCGCCUGCUAUACCGACUGGCGGACCUUAUGGAGCAGCACCAGGAUGAACUGGCUACCAUUGAAUCCAUAGACUCAGGGGCUGUCUAUACAUUGGCUUUGAAGACCCACGUAGGGAUGUCCAUCCAGACGUUCCGAUACUUUGCAGGCUGGUGCGAUAAAAUCCAGGGCUCUACUAUUCCAAUCAAUCAGGCCCGUCCCAAUCGCAAUCUGACAUUUACCAAGAAAGAACCCAUCGGAGUUUGUGGAAUUAUCAUUCCCUGGAACUACCCACUCAUGAUGUUGGCGUGGAAAGCAGCUGCUUGUCUUGCGGCAGGGAACACAGUGGUACUGAAACCGGCGCAGGUGACCCCGCUAACUGCCCUCAAGUUUGCUGAAUUAUCAUUGAAAGCAGGAAUACCCAAAGGAGUAAUUAAUAUCCUUCCUGGAGCAGGCUCCCUCAUUGGCCAGCGGCUUUCAGAGCAUCCCGACGUGCGAAAAAUUGGUUUUACCGGUUCCACUGGAAUAGGAAAACAUAUCAUGAAAAGCUGCGCCCAAAGCAAUGUAAAGAAAGUAUCUCUGGAGUUGGGUGGGAAGUCUCCUCUCAUCAUCUUUAAGGACUGUGACCUGGACAAAGCCGUACGCAUGGGAAUGAGUUCCGUGUUCUUUAACAAGGGGGAAAACUGCAUUGCUGCUGGACGCCUAUUCCUUGAGGAAUCAAUCCACGAUGAGUUUGUGAAGAGAGUGGUUGAAGAAGUAAAGAAGAUGAAAAUCGGAGACCCCUUGGACCGAUCUACAGAUCAUGGACCACAGAACCACAAAGCCCACCUAGAUAAACUGCUUGAAUUUUGUCAAACUGGAUUAAAAGAGGGGGCCACACUGGUGUAUGGAGGGAAGCAAGUCCAGAGACCAGGGUUUUUCUUUGAACCGACCGUAUUUACAAAUGUUACUGAUGAGAUGUUCAUCGCCAAAGAGGAGUCAUUUGGACCCGUUAUGAUUAUAUCCAAGUUCGAAGAUGGGGAUAUUGAUGGUGUUCUGAAGCGAGCAAAUAACACUGAAUUUGGUUUAGCAUCUGGGGUGUUCACCAAGGACGUCGGCAAAGCCCUGUAUGUCACCGAAAAGCUACAGGCUGGGACGGUCUUCGUCAAUACCUACAACAAGACGGAUGUGGCGGCCCCCUUCGGGGGAUUUAAGCAGUCGGGAUUUGGAAAGGACUUGGGUGAAGAAGCCCUUAAUGAGUAUUUAAAGACCAAGACUGUCACCAUCGAAUACUAGAGACACUCGACGGAUCCCGGAUGCAAAAAACCAAGAUGGAAAAGUCUAGCCUCGUAACAAAUACAUCUUAAUAAUAAAAAGAGUGCUUUAAAUAAAUCUAGUGAUGUUCGACAGAAAAACUGCACAGCAAUAGGAAAGGAAAUCCUUCCAGCUGCUUUUCAUACCAGGGAAUCCUAUGGACCCCCCAAUUCCCUCACAUCUGUACCGACCGGGCGCCCCAAUAUCCUAACCCAUUCCGUUUGGAAAAUAAUUAUUUAAGCCCGAAUGACACAAAAAGAAGACUGCAAAAUAAGCUUUAAGACCUCAGAGGUCCCUUUUUUAGAUGUUAGAUGUUUUUUUUUUUAUAUGUUACUAUCACAGAUAUCCCAUCUGCAAAAAAAAUAAAAUACUCUGCAUUCAAAAGUUCACUUUGAUUUUAACCCGAAGGACGUUCCAAGUCGGAUUCUCACCCGCGAUGCAUUUAUGAUUUCUGUUGUAAUUGGUUUUUCUCUCUGUAAUUUGUUGUAUUUGUGCAUUUUGUUUAAAGACCAAUUAUUUUACACCAUCGAGCGACAUCCUCUUCAUUUCAUUCUAACGCCGUAGCUUGGCGUGAGGGUCUCGUGGCGGCUCGGGAUAAAUUAACACCGAGUCGUUGGGAGAUCAAUUAAAAAUUUAAACGGUU